AUGGUUCUUCCUACGGUUGCUGUUAUAGGAAGCGGUUUCAGUGGUUUAAAUUCUGCUAUCCAGCUAAAGAAAAAGCUUGGCAUCGCUGCCGAAAUUUUUGAAGCCACAAAGGAUAUUGGUGGUACCUGGAAUUAUAACACCUAUCCAGGAUGUGCUUCUGAUAUCGAGAGUCAUCUUUACUCUUUCAGUUUCGAGCUGAAUCCAAAUUGGAGUCACAAAUACAGUCCACAAAAAGAAAUUUAUGCAUACCUUCACAAAGUAGCAAAGAAAUACGAUGUUCACAAGCAAGUUCAAUUCAGCACUAACGUUAUCCGUGCUACUUGGGUUCAAGAAAUAAAAAAGUGGGAGCUUGAAUUAAGUCAACCCUCAGUUGAUGAAAAGAAUCAGAUCAGACACUUUGACUUUAUAUUUUCGAGUAUUGGUACUUUACGGGUGCCUAAUAUUCCAAAGCAGUCUACUUCAUUUGAAGGAAAAAUCAUUCAUUCGGCAUCUUGGGACCACAAUUAUGAUUUGACCAAUAAACGUGUAGCUGUCAUUGGUAGUGGUACAAGCGCAAUUCAAAUUGUUCCCAGUAUCUUGGAUAGAGUAACCCAUCUUUCUAGUUUUCAGCGAACGCCAGCUUGGGUAGCUCCUCGACAACAAUUCGCCUACUCUCCAUUUAUCCAAUGGUGUUUCACCUAUAUUCCUUUUCUCAUGUUUUUUUAUCGUGCCUAUAUUUUUUUUUCUUCGGAUUUUUCUUUUAGUCGAUGGGGAAAUGCUUCUUCUAAAAAAGCUAUUGAAUCAAGAGCUUCUAUUAAACGUUACAUGGAAUACAUCAUGACAGCAUAUGGUCGGGAAGACCUCAUUCCUAAAUUGAUUCCGGAUUUUCCAGUAGGUUGUAAACGGAUCGGUAUCUCUGAUAAUUAUCUCGCUGCUCUUUGUUCUCCCAAAACAAGUGUGCUUAGAUCUCCCAUCAAGAUAGUCCAAGGAAGAACAAUUACAACCGAAGAUGGUGUAGAGACAGAAGUGGAUGCCUUGAUUUUAGCCACAGGGUUUAAUAUCACCGGCUUUUUGGGCGAGUUGAAAGUAUAUGGAAAAGAUGGUGUAUCGUUAAAUCAACUGUGGGAAGAGAAUGUCCCCAAAACUUACAGAACAGUUAGUGUGCAUCAGUUUCCCAACUUGUUUAUUUUACUAGGUCCUGGAUCUGUAUUGGGUCAUAACUCCGUAGUAACCAUCUCUGAGAGUCAAGUGGAUUAUGGUAUCAGAAUGAUAAAAUACAUGAUGAAGAAUAAAAUUGCUAGUUUAGAUCCUACGGAAAAAGCACAAGCAAAAUUCUCUGCCGACCUUCAGAGUAAAUUCGAAGGAACUGUAUGGAAAGGCGGAUGUCAGUCGUGGUACAUGAAUAAGGAUGGUGAAAUCCAAUCUCUUUGGCCUGAAUCCGUUUUAAAGUUUAUUGCUAUGCUUCGCCGUGUGGAUUAUGAGUCUGAUUUCAUCAAAGGCUAG